AUGAACGCCUGGGCCGUUGACGCCUCGAAUCUCCCUGGUCAGGAUAACGGAGCAUUUAAUCCUUCCACAAUCGACCCUGCCGCUGCUUUUCUUCAUGCCUCUCCAAACCCACAGGACCCGAAUCAGUUCCAGCGCAUGUUCAAUGGCGUGCCGCGGAACGCUUCCCCGGGCUUCCACAAUCCCAACCAGGUGAUUCCAUCCAAACGACAAAGACCGGAAGAUGGCAUGCCUAUGUCACCACGUCCUGCUCCCGGUGGGGUGGCCGGGGGGUCGCGAUCGCAGACUCCCCAGGUUCCCUACCCGGGCUAUCAAGGCCAGGCCAAUGGAACGCCGCAAUUCCCUCAACAUCCUACCCCCUACCAACACCUACAACAAGGUGCCUCGCCAAAUGUGACUCAGUCACCAGUCAUGCAGGAUUUCGACCAGCAAAGCGUUCGCAUGGGGACAGCCUCUCCCAGUCCAUUUUCUCCCGCUGGCCCCCAUGUUGGUCCUCAUAUGUCACCGUCGCAUUCAGAUAAUGGAAGCCGUGUCAACACCCCACAAAACAAUAACUUCAUGCCAGGACAAGCCUUCGCACAAGGUAUGGGUGGCCAGUUCCAACAAGGUUCUGGAAUGACUUCGGCGGCAUCCCAGCCAUCUAUGCAGGCUCAAUUUGGUAAUAUGCAACAAGUGCCGCCGGGAUACCAUCAAGCUCUGGCGGCCCAGCAGCAGCGACUUCAUGCCAUGUCAAUGCAGAACCGGCAAAUGAAUCCCAAUCCGCAGAUGGCCGGGCGCCCGGGCGGUGGUGGCAUGAACCCCAUGGCAAACCCCCAGCAGAUGGCCGCGAUUCGGCAGAUGCAGCAGCAGAAUAUGGCAAAACCCACCAACCCUGAAGCCUUUCUGCGAGCGGUUCAUAAAUUCCAGACAUCGCGUAACCUUGCGUUUGAUCCAAAUCCUAUUAUCAGUGGCCGCCAACUCAAUGUUGUCCAAUUGUAUGGAACAGUCAUGAAGAUGGGAGGAUCGAAGAAAGUCACUGCGAUGAAUGGUUGGCCUGCGGUUGCACAGCAUCUUCAAUUCCCUCAAAUGCAGUUCCCAAUGGCGGCUCAGGAACUUCGGGAAUACCACCAACGAAAUCUGGCGCCUUAUGAGCAAGCAUUCAUCAGCUCACAACAAAAACAAAUGGAACAGAUGCAGCAGCAGCAACAACAGCAGCAGCAGCAGCAGCAGCAACACGGUCAGCACCCCCAACAGCAGCCGCUUCAGCCACAGCUGCAGCCAGGCGGAAUUCCCCGACAGCUGAGUGAUGCGUCAGCGAUGCAGUUCCAGUCUCCUGCGAUAAAACAAGGCCAGGGCUUUGAGCAAACACAUCAAGCCUCCCACUCCCCCCAAAACAACACACCCGUCCCGAAUCCAGCUCCUGCCCCACCAAUGAAUGGAUUUGCGACCCCAACACAAGCACGCGGCCAAAGCAAACCCCCUCAACCUGCACAUCGACUAAGUGUUUCUCGCCAGUCACAGUCAUCGGUUCCCCCGUUAGACAGCACUGGGCAAUUUGCAGUGCCUUCCCCGUCACAACAAGGCAAAGCUACCUCCGCCACACCUGGACCUGUCCAAGCCGAACCUAAAAUGGAACAGGUAACAAAGAAGCCUCUUGAGGAUCCGUUCAAGCCAAAGGUGCUUACUGAGCACCGCUUGCAUGGCCCCAUUGCAGUGGAUGAGAUGUAUCAACUUGGCAGUGACAUAUUGAAGUUGAAGCCUAGUGUGCCGGCAUUCGCAGAGUUAGGUGUGGUGGAUAUUCACGCGCUAAACAUGGGACUCAAAUGUGGAAUCCAGGCAGAAAUUCGGGUUGCUUUGGAUACUCUCACUACCUUAUCAUUUGACCUUAACACGUCUAUCUCUCUUGAGAACUGUGAUGAUUUGGUUGAAAGUCUGGCGGAUUGUGCCCAGGACCAGGCCGAAUUUUUGGCUGAACAUACGCUCGAACUGCCUGAGGCCAUGCCAUUACGCUCUUACGAAGAGGUAACACGGGGUUGCCAGUCUGAAUUCACAUCGCUUGUGGACGUCCCUGAAUUCGGGAGCAUUGAAUACCUCCUGGACCGAGCUGUGGAACGAUUAAUAUGCAUCACUACCAUCAUUCGCAACUUCUCCUUCAACGAAAAUAACGCAGCAAUUCUGGGUAUACCCUGUGUUACCCAGGUCUUCGCCGACGUCUUCCGCUGCCUUGGAACCCAUCAAAUGUUCCUACGGACUGACCAGAAUACAUUGGAUUUCAUGAAGGACGCGGUCAUCUUUAUGAGCAAUUCGGCGCACGUCAUGCAAAUCCCCGGAAAGGAAGAGGCUUCGAGCCUGCUGGAAUUUCUUCUAGCCUUUGCACCUUUGCCAGAGCCGACAUCGAAACCAGACAAACUGAUAUUCACAGCUUUCAACCCUUUGAUCCAUCGAUAUAUACCUGCUGCUGUGGAUGGUCUGGCUAAGCUGCUGGCGAGAGACGACCCGAAUCGAAUCUACUUUGGAGCCAUCUUCUCUGGGGAUGGCUCUGUCUCUCCUCGGCCGGAUCUCCUAACCCGUGCAUUUGGCCUUGCUAUUUGUGCUAUUCCUGAUAAGAAGCAUCUGGCGGUUGCAGAUGCCCGCAAGAUUCUCCUCCUGCAAGGGCUGUUAGCUGCGGACGUUUUGACAUCAUUUGCAGACGGAUAUAUGGCAAGAUCGUGGUUUGGGUCUAUUGAUGGGUUCGCUAUUCAUCUCCUGCGACUCUCAUGUUUGAUUUGCACUGAACGCCUUCCACAACUCGCCAGUAUCCAGCAAAGGGGGCCCCACGAGGCGGAUAUUUGGGCAUUCACCAGCAUCAUCAAUCGUGGACUGGCCAUCCUACGCCGUCUGGCCGAGAAAUCAAAGCAAGUGGACAGUACAUUGCCACUGAAGCUUCCAUCGGGUGUUAUACCUCGCAAGGAAAGUCUACUCGGGGCGUUAUUACUUCCCAGCAUGGACCCGAGGAUCAUGCGCCAUCUCCUCACAUAUGCUAGUCUUGCAGAGUGA